AUGGCAAACAUGGAGAAAAUCCAAUUUCCUGCUCUAGACAUCACGGGCACCAACUACAUUUCAUGGGUUACGAAUGUCGAACUUCAUCUUGAAUCUCUUGGUUUAUCUGAGACCAUUAAAGAGAAUAAUACUUCAAUACCCCAAGACAAGGCGAAAUCGAAAGACAUAACACUUCCACUUGCUCGAGAUGAAUGGCAGAGUCUGAGGUUCCAAGAUUUCGACAAAGUGAUGAAUUACAAUUCUGCUGUGUUAGAAAUUGUGGCUAAAUUGAGAUACUGUGGUGAUACAAUCACCAAGUCACAAAUGCUUGAGAAGACAUACACCACAUUCCACAAGAGCCACAUCACCCUGCAACAACAAUAUAGAAAGAACAACGAGUUUCUGAUCAAGAAUCACAUGACUCGUCCAACUGGUUCUAAAGCAUUCCCUGAAGCAAACACAUUAGAUGCGAAGAAAACGAGUGAAAGAAAAUAA